UACUAUGAACAACGCCUACUAAUACUAAGCUCUGUCUCAUGCACUCUGUGCUUCUGCAUUCGUAUCUCUGAGGUGUUCAUAUAGUCCCAUUACCUUUCUUUGCACCACAAUUGCAUUUACUUCAUGGUGGUUUUAAGCUUUCAACCCGUCCAAUUCACUACCCCUAAACAACUCUCACAUUGUAAAACCAGCACCACUGGUUAUAGUACUAGCGUUCGAUGUGGGAUCUCAGAGCCAUCAGGAGUUCCAGCUCCUAUGGGGCAAAAGACCAAAUACAAUGAUGGGUUUUUUGAGAAAGCAUUCAUGACACUCUUUGCUCGCAAAAUGAAGAGGUUUGCAGCUCCAGUGAAAUCCAAGAAUGAGAUUGAGGAAAAGAAAUGGUGGGAAUAUGACUAUGAGAGUUUUGUGGAUGUCUCCAAGAGAGUUAUGCAGGGAAGGUCUCGCAUUCAGCAGCAAGAAGUGGUUAGGGAGGUCUUGUUAUCUAUGCUACCUCCAGGUGCGCCUGCUCAGUUUAGGAAAUUGUUUCCCCCAACAAAGUGGGCUGCAGAGUUCAAUGCUGCAUUAACAGUGCCUUUCUUCCACUGGUUAGUUGGGCCUUCUGAGGUUAUAGAAGUUGAGGUAGAAGGAGUGAAGCAAAGAAGUGGAGUUCGUAUAAAGAAGUGCAGGUACCUGGAGAACAGUGGCUGCGUUGGAAUGUGUGUGAAUAUGUGCAAGUUUCCAACUCAAGAUUUCUUCACCAAUGAAUUCGGGCUUCCAUUAACCAUGAUUCCAAAUUUUGAAGAUAUGAGUUGUGAUAUGGUGUACGGCCAAGUUCCACCACCAUUUGAAGAGGAUCCAGUGUCCAAACAACCCUGUUUUACUGAUAUAUGCUCCAUUGCGAAUCCCAGCGCCACUGUCUGUCCAAAGUUACAAGCUUGA